CGAUUCUCUUUUUCAUUGGUUCCGGGGAGGGAACAUGUUUCCUAGUCGGAUGAAGAAGAGCGACGCGCCGGCUUGCGCAGCUGAUGCAAUUGGGUCCUUGCCGGCCUGACAGGCGACGAGGGAAGCGGCCGGUCCUGUGGGCAGAACUGACCCGAUAUUUUGGAAAUUCCUAGACAGAGUUGCAGCAGGCACUGUAAAUUGUAAAUAAUAAUAGUAAAGAUCUUCUACACUCCUAAAAAUGGCGGACAUUCAGAACAGUAGCUUUUGCUCUUGUAAUCCACUUGAACUGUUUGAACAAGUAACCGCACAAGGAGAAAAAGUCAGAUCGCUAAAAGCGGAGAAAGCACCAAAGGAUGAAAUCGAGGCAGCGGUUAAGUUAUUAUUGUCAUUAAAGCUGAGCUAUAAAACAUCUACCGGCCAGGAAUACAAAGCUGGUUCCCCUCCAACAGAUUUCACUCCAGUCAGUAACGGUCCAGGAGAUGCUCAAGAUGAAGAUUUUGUAGACCCAUGGACAGUACAGACAUCCAACGCCAAAGGGGUAGAUUACGAUAAACUUAUUGUUCGGUUUGGCAGCAGCAAAAUCGAUAAAGAUCUGAUCAAUCGAAUAGAGAGAGUUACGGGACAGAAACCACAUCAUUUCCUACGCAGGGGCAUCUUCUUUUCUCAUCGAGAUAUGCACCAAAUCCUUGAUGCAUAUGAGAACAAGAAGCCCUUUUACCUCUACACGGGCAGAGGUCCUUCGUCCGAGGCACUGCAUGUCGGCCACCUCAUCCCAUUUAUUUUUACAAAGUGGCUACAGGAAGUAUUUAAUGUUCCUUUAGUCAUACAAUUGACUGAUGAUGAGAAAUACCUCUGGAAAGAUCUAACCAUUGAGAAGGCAUACCAGUAUACGAUAGAAAACGUCAAGGAUAUUAUAGCCUGUGGAUUUGACGUCAACAAAACCUUUAUCUUUUCUGAUCUGGACUAUUUGGGAUCAAGUCCAGAAUUCUACAAGAACAUCAUAAAAGUUCAAAAGCAUGUUACGUUCAACCAAGUCAAAGGAAUCUUUGGCUUUACAGACAGCGACUGCAUCGGAAAGAUCAGUUUUCCUGCUAUUCAAGCUGCUCCGUCCUUCUGUACAUCGUUUCCUCAGAUCUUCAACAAUAGGAAGGAUGUUCAGUGUUUGAUCCCGUGUGCCAUUGAUCAGGAUCCCUAUUUUAGAAUGACAAGAGACGUGGCCCCGCGGAUCGGCUACGCCAAGCCGGCGUUAAUGCAUUCCGUCUUCUUCCCAGCCUUGCAAGGGGCGCAGACGAAAAUGAGCGCCAGUGACCCCAACUCGUCCAUCUUUCUCACCGACACACCCAAACAAAUAAAAACAAAGAUCAACAAGCAUGCCUUCUCUGGUGGGAAAGACACUGUCGAAGAGCACCGGAAGUACGGGGGCAAUUGCGAUGUGGAUGUCUCUUACAUGUACCUCACGUUCUUCCUUGAAGAUGAUGACAAGCUAGAGCAGAUCAAACAGGCCUAUACAAGCGGAGCCCUCUUAACAGGAGAGCUGAAGAAGGCACUGAUUGAAACACUGCAGCCCUUGAUCGCGACUCACCAGCAAAGGCGAAAGCAAGUCACGAGUGAAAUGGUGAAGGAAUUCAUGACUCCAAGGAAGCUGGCUUUCGACUACUAAUUCCAGACCACGCAUGUUAAUUUGUCCAUACCUGUAGCACAGUGGAUCAAUGUUAUCGUAGCGUUUUUGUUGUUACGUUGCCUCUCCCUAAUUUAUAUAUGGGCACCAGUUGGCGUUGCUUCUUAAGGCAGUUAAACCUUCAAAGUUCGUCCUCGUUCAUCAGUAGCAACUGUAUGAGAAAAUGUUAAGAUGCUCUCUGUACGGUUCAGAAGAGACUGGCAUUGGGUGAAGACUUCAUGUAUAUAUAUUUUUAUUUUACCAUUUAAAGGGAUACAAAAUGAAAAGAUUUGAUUGGGCUGUAAUGCUGGCUAACAGCAUAACCUGAUGAACUCGUCUUGUGGACUUUGGUGCCUAAAAUGCUAAAAUCACAUUAAUAAAAGAAAAUCAUGUUAACAUCAGAGUCUACUAUCUUGGGAGCUUUUAAGCAUAUUUUCAUUGCGGGUAGGAGUUUUUGUUUCAAAGAUGGCUUUGUCCUGAAUGCUGCCUUCUCUUCAAGGAGUUUAAGUGCAAAGGGAUUUGACUCUGGUACUGUGUCUUCUCAAAAGUUAAUUCUUUUGAUCAGCCAGUGAAUUUCACAAGCUCACUCUAAAGUGUACAAAUAUUCCUGCAGUGUGUUUUUUUAAUAAAAAGCAUAAAUUGGUUUAUGGAUAUUACUGUGAACGAUGCCUGCUUGGCAUUUAUGCUGACAUGUACAUUUUACUCAUUCAGGGAGACUUCAGAAAAUAUGUGCUGUACAGUUCAACCCUAUAAAGAGGGGAAAGAUAAUAAUAGCAAUUAUUUCUUAGGGGUUGGGUGGAGUACAGGGGUAUUAUCCCAGCAGAGGUGUUGUGCAAAGGUUGACAAUGCCCAUCCGAUAACUGAGAACUAAAAAUGGUCAGGCUAUGCUGUGUUGUUAGUGAUUUGUCUCUUGGCAAAGGAUGUACUUUUCUUUCUCUUACUGUGUCAUAUUGUUCCAAUUAGGAGCAUUAUCUCUCUGAGUGUCUCUCUCUCUCUCUCUUUGGUGUCCUGAUAACCUUUCUGCAAGAAAUACUCUGCAGAAUACAGCCCUCCCAUGGCCAUGACAUAUUCCCCGUGCAGUAAGUUAUCUGCUUCGCUAGACAAAUUGAAAUAAAGCUCCCUGUUUUUCAUUCUGUUUUUGUGUCAUAAGGACUAGACAUAGACUGGA